CCAUAAUGCAAGCGUAGCAGUGUGUGCUACGUGUCGCUUGCGGUCAUGCGCGUUGGUUCGAUAUUGCCCUGGGCUCAGAAGAAGUAGGCCCGGUUUAUUGUAGUAGCCGGCCUCCUCUUGAUGGUCUAUUUAUUGUGUGGGAGAUAUGGCUGGCUGGGCAGGAUUUUCGGACGAGGAGUUGACGCGAAUUAAGUUGCUGAAAGAUCCGUUGAUCUCAGAAAAGCCAGAAAAAUUUAAACGAGCAACAUCAACAAACAAAAGCCGUCAGCAACUUCAGAGGGAACGAGCAUUACAGCAGCUGCAGAGUCGCAUCACAAAUGAGCACAAUCAAGCUGCUCCUAACCUUCAAGAUCAACAACUGUCCAAACCAAAGAUGAGACCUCCACAAGCAACAGAGCCACCAUCACCCAAGCUAGAGCCAAAGCAGGCUCUGCAAGUAACUGAAAAACAACCAACAGAAACUGGAGUAAGCCACCAGAAAGAAACAAACAAACCUGAACCCAAAGCAUCAUUUACAUUCCAGGAUUCCUCAGUCCAAGAGUUAUCAACACAACAGAUCAAAGGGGUGGAAUUGUUAAACAUUGAUCACACUCUCUUCUUUCUCUCACCAUCAUUCCACUUCACCCCCCACACCCAAAUUCUGAUUAAGAAUCUGUGGGGGGCCAACGGUGUUCUGCAGCUAUCUGUAAACGUACGAGUUUUUUUUUAUCUUCAUCGGAGGCGUGAGAGAUCACGUCUGGAACAGCUGCAACUGGAACAACGAUUAAUAGAAGAGAAGAAUAAACGCAAGAAAGCACUUCUCUCGAAGACCAUUGCAGAAAGGUCUAAACGAACCAUGGCAGAAACUGUGAAACUAAAGCAGAUCCAAAAGGAACUUCAGACCUUGGAUGUCUUGUUAUCGAGUGAUGUUAACAUCUUACGGAAUCGGAUUGAACAGUCCAGCUGGGAAUAUUAUCAGGCUAAAAAAAGGUAUGAUAAGGCAGAAGUGGAGUACAUUGCAGCAAAACUGGACCUGUACAAGAAGACUGAAUUGAAGGAGCAGCUAACUGAGCAUCUGUGCACCAUAAUCCAGCAGAAUGAGUUACGCAAAGCUAAUAAACUGGAAGAGCUGAUGCAUCAGUUGGAAAUGGAGACAGAUGAGGAGAGGCUGGAACUAGAGAUUGAAGUGGACAAUGUAUUGCAGCAGCAGGAAAUAUUCAAGGGGACUGAUCAGACUAAAGCAGGUGAUGAAUCAGGACAGCAAGCUGUUCAAAAGGGGGACGAUCUGAGUCACACAGUUAAACAGGUUGAAAAAAAAGAGACCUCUGCUGCUAAUGAUACAGGUGAGAAAGAUUUAAAGGACAAAGUUAAAACUCAACCAGAGAACUUGAAUCAUACAAUGUCAGAGAAGAUUCAAACACCGAUUGCUACAAAUUGAGAGAGAGAAUAUGCUUGUGUUUCACAAUGGGGUUGGGUGAAAUUGAUGUUGUUUUCCACAAUGUGAUCAUCCAUCUAUUGGCAACUUAAUCCAUACCAACAUCAAUUAUUUUAAAAAGUGACCAAAUAUUCUAGGUAAUUUUUGUGCUCCAUAUUUUACUAAUGAAGAGUUCAACCAGUGAACAAAAUUUAAGGUUUUUGGUUGAAAGACAGAUCACAAAAUCAGUGAGGUAUUUUAGACCUGAAGAUUGACCUGUUUCUUGAGGCACUUUACAAGUGUUCCUGCACUUGAUAGAAUCUCCAUCACACUCAUUUUCUGCAAAUGUUGAUAUGUGCAAAUUAGUUAGUUUUCCCCAUGAUGUCUUAAGAUUUUACUGGCCAAAAAGUUGGGGGUGUCUGAAGUUGCCUUGAGAGCUUCUUAAUUUUAUGCAAACUCUUUUAAAAAAUAUUUGAAUAAACAAAUUGUUGAUUUGUCUCUGAAGUUUAAAUGUACUGUUAUCUGUGACAAGUUUAUAGGUUUUAUUGAAAUUUUCAGUGUUUUUAAAAGUAAUCUAUUUCAACUGAGUAAUAGUGGCUAAGAGUUUGAAGAUGAAAUGAUUUUGGGUCAACAUUUUUGUAUAAUUCUGAAUUAAUUUAUUUUUCAUCCUCUGAAUUUUCUUGUGUGUUGGCAUUUUAAUAUUUAAAAGUGUUGUCUGUAAAGUCUUGUUACAGUAGUUACAUCAAUAUGUCAAUUUGGCCUUGGCUUUGAACUGUAGAUGCCUUUUUGAAGUUUCAAAAGGUUUGGGUAUUAUACAAGCAAUGGACUAUAACCAAUUUAGAAGAGAGUUGCAAUGAGAUGAGUAUUUAAAAAUUAGCUGUUACAGGUACAGUCUCUCAAAUCUAGCUUUUUGAAAACUGGUCAUUUUUAUAAGCUGCCAUGCAUCAUUUUUAAAUGAGUCCAAUAACUUGCUGGGAUAAUUCAGCUAGGUCCUGCAUUGGCACGAUUGCGUGCUAGACUAGUUGUCAGCUCAGAGCACUGGUUUUUUUCUGUGGUCUGAGCAACCUUUGACCCCACCUGACUUGAGCCUGUGAGUCAGCCUUAUUUUCUUAUUUCAUUUCUUUUCAGAUGUUUUUUUUUCUCUGUUAUGUAUUCCACUUUAAUGAAAAGCAACUUAUCCACUCCAAUUAAUAGGUGACACAUUAGAUCAAUUAAAUUUGUUUUUUUUUCUCCAACAAUCAGCAAGAUCCAAAAUCUGGCACAGACUCAGCCCAAGUUUUGAGACACUACACAGGAAUUGGAUAAAAGCAAAUUCUAUAAAUUAGAUGCCACCAAAGUGAAAAAAAUUCUUGUCCUUUAAAAGGUUUAUUAAAAGCUUUUGUUUUGUCAUUAGAUAAUUUAUUUGAUUUUUAGAUAUUUAAGUCCACUCCUGUAACCUUCAUGGUAACACAUUUAACACAAAUGCUGCUUGUUUGUUUUGACUGGCUGCUGAACCAAUAUGGAAUAACUUGGCUUUGCUUGUUCAUCCACCCCUAUUUUGUUUGCUUCCAUAGUUGGAUGUUAACACUACAUUCUGCAAUUAAUAUACAUAAAUUGUACAUGAUGGAUUUACACAAGAUUUGAGCUCAUUAUUUUGUUUAUUUUUGGCUUGUUCACUUCUCAGAAAUGUAUUUUUAUAUUUAUACAUAGCUCAAAAUUCAAAAAUUUACCCAUUUUAAAUGUACUUGUGUGAAAUUAAACUUGCAAUUAUGACUCUG